CGCCACCUUUCACACUCCCCUCACUCGCUCUCUCAUCACUCACUCACUCAGCUCCGCACACAAAGCUCUCAAGAAGACGAGAAGAAGUCCGAUCGAUCUUGCCAUGGACUCCAGGGUGUCCAAGAGCCCACCGUCGUCUCCGCCGCCGGCGGCUGCGCACGACGAGGGGGACGGUGACGCGGCGGCGGCGGUGCGGGUCACGAGCCGGCUGUACCUGCACAGGCCCGGGCCCGGCGCGGGGCCGCUGGAGAAGGACGCCGUGCUCCGCCGCAUCCGCCACCGGAGGCGCGCCAACCGCCUCCGGGACACGCUGCGCUCGCUCCUCGUCCUGCAGCAGCAGCAGCCCACCGCACCGGAGCCGGAGGACGCGUUCACGUCUCCGUAGCCGCGGGACCUCCCCGGACCUUCUGGAUCUCCCUCCCCGUGGUGCACAAUGUGCCUCGUGUACCGCUGCUGCCUCGCGCACGCACGUUCGACGCUGACCACGAGCGGCUGCGAAUUCGACGAGCAUUGAUGUGUCCCAUGCUUUUCUUUUUAUGUAUUGAUAGUAGUUGUAUUUGUGUAGUAUUUGUGGUAGAGUAGGAGUACUAAUUCAGUGUGUAGGUCACUUAAUUAUUGCGUGGAUGCAAAGGAAUAACCGGGUUUGUUUCUGUUCAAAUUAUUUACCUAAUAACAAUGUCAGGUGUAGUGGCAAGAAUAAAAAUCAGCUCAUUUCUCGGAAGAAA